UGUCACUUCAGGGUGAACGGAUGUUACGAGGCUCUGUCUGGAGGAGCGACCACCGAGGGCUUCGAGGAUUUCACCGGAGGCAUCGCUGAAAGCCACGACCUGAACCGACCGGAUCCACAUCUGUUCCACAUCAUCCAAAAAGCUUUGGACCGAGGGUCACUGCUCGGCUGCUCCAUCGACAUCACGAGUUCGUCCGACUCAGAGGCAGUUACCUCUCAGAAGCUGGUGAAAGGCCACGCCUACUCAUUGACAGGUGCAGCUGAGGUGGAUUACCGUGGUGACAAGGAAAAGCUGAUCAGGGUCAGGAAUCCCUGGGGUCAAGUGGAGUGGACCGGAGCCUGGAGUGAUGAUUCGAUGAAUUGGCGUUACGUCAGCGACGAGGACAGAGAGCGUCUGAGCCAUCGCUCAGAGGACGGAGAAUUCUGGAUGUCUUACACUGACUUCCUGCGACAUUACUCCCGGGUGGAGAUCUGUAACCUGACGCCUGACGCUCUGAGUGACGAGGGCAUCUCCAAGUGGGCUCUGUCCAAGUUCGAGGGCAGCUGGAGGAGAGGAUCCACUGCCGGAGGCUGCAGGAAUUAUCCAGACACUUUUUGGACAAACCCUCAGUUUGUCAUCAAGCUGGAUGAGGAGGACGACGACCCUGAUGAUGGCGAGGCCGGCUGCAGCUUUGUGGUCGGUCUGAUCCAGAAGAACCGCAGACGCAGGAGGAAGAUGGGAGAGGACAUGCACACGAUUGGUUAUGCCAUCUACGAGGUUCCUGACGAGUUCGCUGGUCAGAGGACCGUGCACCUCAACAAGAACUUCUUCCUGCGCCACGCCUCCACCGCUCGCUCCGAAACCUUCAUCAACCAGCGAGAAGUCUGCAGCCGCUUCUGUCUGCCGCCCGGAGAGUAUCUGAUCGUCCCAUCCACGUUUGAUCCCAACAACAACGGAGACUUCUGCGUCCGUGUCUUCUCUGAGAAACAGGCCGACUUUCAAGAGUUGGACGACCCCAUCGAGUCCAGAGUGAAGAAGGUGGAGCUGGACGAGGACGAUGUGGACGAUCGGUUCAGGAGUCUGUUCGGACAGCUGGCGGGGGGGGACUGUGAGAUCAGCGCCUUCGAGCUGCAGAGGAUCCUCAACAAAGUGGUGACAAAACGAUCUGACAUCCAGACCAGCGGCUUCAGCCUCACAACGUGUCGCAACAUGGUCAACCUGCUGGAUGUAUCCUUCCACCGCAGAAAAUAAACCCACACCAAAG